AUGGGUAAUAUCUAUAUAGUGAGCUUCUGUUCUCAAGUGUUGAGCUUGACUCUGAAUACUGAUCAUGGGGAUAUCUUACUGGAUUAUUCGAAGAACCUUGUUACAGAAGAAGUGAUGAAAAUGCUGAUGGAACUGGCAAAGUCAAGGGGGGUGGAAAGUGCCAGAGAGCGCAUGUUCAGUGGAGAGAAGAUCAACUUCACUGAGAACCGAGCUGUGCUUCAUAUUGCUCUGAGAAAUCGUUCCAAUGUGCCAAUACUUGUAGAGGGGAAGGAUGUUGUUCCAGAAGUAAACAAAGUGUUGGACAAAAUGAAACACUUCUGCCAGAGAGUGCGUAGUGGUGAAUGGAAAGGCUACACUGGAAAGGCAAUCACUGAUGUGGUCAAUAUUGGGAUUGGUGGCUCUGACUUGGGCCCUCUGAUGGUAACUGAAGCCCUGAAACCAUAUUCCAAGGGAGGCCCUCGUGUUUGGUUUGUAUCCAACAUUGAUGGUACUCAUAUAGCCAAAACCCUGGCUGAGCUUAAAGCAGACACUACACUCUUCAUUGUUGCAUCAAAGACUUUCACCACCCAAGAAACUAUCACCAACGCAGAAACGGCUAAAGAGUGGUUCUUACAUGCUGCUAAUGAUCCUUCAGCUGUGGCCAAGCAUUUUGUUGCCUUGUCUACCAAUGGUCCUAAAGUUAAAGACUUCGGAAUUGACCCAGAGAAUAUGUUUGAGUUUUGGGAUUGGGUUGGUGGCCGCUACUCUCUGUGGUCUGCCAUUGGUCUUUCCAUUGCCCUGCAUAUUGGUUUUGACAACUUUGAGAGCCUGCUUGCAGGAGCCCACUGGAUGGAUAAUCACUUCCACACUGCCCCACUGGAGAAGAACAUGCCUGUUCUGUUGGCCAUGCUAGGGGUCUGGUAUAUAAACUGCUAUGGAUGUGAAACCCAUGCCCUUCUGCCCUAUGACCAAUACAUGCACCGCUUUGCUGCCUACUUUCAGCAGGGUGAUAUGGAAUCUAAUGGCAAAUACAUUACCAAGAAAGGCUCUCGUGUGGACUACAGUACUGGCCCUAUUGUGUGGGGAGAGCCUGGCACCAAUGGGCAGCAUGCUUUUUACCAGCUUAUUCAUCAAGGAACUCGCAUGAUUCCCUGUGAUUUUCUGAUCCCAGUUCAGACCCAGCAUCCAGUCAGAAAUGGCUUGCAUCACAAGAUCCUUUUGGCCAACUUCCUUGCUCAGACUGAGGCCUUGAUGAAAGGAAAGACUGCUGAUGAAGCGCGUAAGGAACUACAAGCAGCAGGACUGAGUGGAGAUGCUCUGGAGAAGCUUCUUCCCCAUAAGGUCUUUGAGGGAAAUCGACCAACCAAUUCCAUCAUGUUUACAAAACUCAACCCAUUCACUCUGGGAGCCAUCAUUGCCAUGUAUGAGCACAAGAUAUUUGUUCAAGGAAUUGUCUGGGAUAUUAACAGUUAUGACCAGUGGGGAGUUGAGCUUGGAAAACAACUUGCCAAGAAAAUUGAGCCUGAACUGGAGUCAGAUGCUCCAGUGACAUCUCAUGAUAGCUCAACAAACGGGCUAAUCAAUUUCAUCAAAAAACACAGAGCCUGAAAUGAAUGAUUUGGAGGACAUCGACAAUCUAACCACCGAAUACCCAAAUCUGUUGUAGUUGUGCUUUUUAGCCACUUAUAACAAAAAAUAGCACUUUACAGAUGUAGCUUCUUCACUUGUUGCAGUUAAUCUUGUUGCGUCAAGUGUUACAAAUGAAAACUAGUUUUGUGAAACCCAGAGAUCGUAUAGUUGCUUUCUAUUUUUGUGGCUGUUAAUCUGUAAAGUGCAGCUGGUAUGCUCCUCAGUUCUUACCCUUCAACUUCCUUAAAGAUGAUCACGUACUGAUAUUAGAAAAUAAAAGGUAUGAUGGAUGAGUAAAACUUCU